CAUCAUGUGGAAAAGCUCCCGCUGAAGAGUUUGUCUAGUGAAGCAGAUUCCCCGUGUGCCCCGACCGACCUCCGCCUCGGAAAGUGACCGCCGGAAGAUCCUCGCCAUCUGUUGGGCGAUAGCGGUGAACCUUGAGUUGGGAGUCCGGAAAGCUCAGGAUAUUCCGGUAGUGAGUGGCCGGACGGUACAGCCGGUGUGUGCGCCAGGAUCGAGCUCUAGGUUCUUCGUCAGAACGAGACCAGCUGCGUCGUCGAAAGGAUGGAUUACUGGGGCUGAGAAGCAUAGGACACACAGUCACACUGGAUAUUAACCUCAACCUCACCCCCGCUCUAUCCCGGUUCAAGGAACAAGGAAUUACUGGCAAAAAAGGUGGCAAUUUUCGACAUACCUCAUUAACAAAAGCAAAGGAUUACAGUGCGUGUGAUUUUACUCUCUGUGGAAAACAAAAAAAAACUCUGUGAUACACGGUGAAAGCUAGCCAAGGAAAGUUUUCGUUGACGCAAGGAAGAACCCCAAUUUUCCCGGAAAAUUGAUUUUUACACGACCGCGGCACGACCCCCUCCAACACACAACACAACCCCGGCAGGCAACCUCAUAGUACAAAAAUCAGAUGAAUUUAUUUAACUAGGUGUAUAGUGAGAGAAAAAUCCUCUGAAAAUAAAUUACAAGAAAAAACAAACAAAUAGUGCAACGAGCAACCAAAUUUCGAAUUUUUUUGAUUUGACGUCGUGAAAAAAAAUCACUUUCUGUGUUACGAAAAAAAAAACCAAAAAAAAGUGGGAAUUUUUACACUUUAGCGCUAACAAAAAAGGAAGCAAGAGUGAAUCCGCACAUGCACUCUGGAGAGUGAGAGUGACACAAUUUCGUGAUUGAAAAAAAAAACCUUACACAAGCAACGCACUCACACAAAGAUUCGCGAGUGUUUAGCAAAAAAAGGUGCGAUUAAUCGCGAGUGAGCAAAACUAGUCCGCGCGCCGAAGAAAAUCAGCAGUGAUUACUCGUGAGUGAGAUUUUUUUCUAUCAGUGAGAUUUUAAUCGCAGCAACCCCGAUUUCUGUGCGUGCGCGUGUGUGUGUGCGCGUUUGUCUGUGUGUGCGCCCCGAAGGAGUGGGAAAAUUCCGUUUGGAGAUACCCGCCACGUGGUCCCCUCCCCCAGCCUGCUGAUCACCCGCCAGGAUUUGACACGACUGUGAGUGAGUUAGAGUGAGAUCAACCGGUCCUUUUCUCGCGAGUGAGUACCAGGAAAGGACACCCGCGACUUGGAGUUUUCACAAAAAGAUAACAUCCUGAAUGCGGCAGUCGGCACCCGUUUCUCACCCCGGCGACGCACAAACACCACCAACAUCCUCGCCCGGAGUAUAAUGUCCAGUGGCGAACCGGACUCGGCUGGUUCCCAUGGACUAGGACUCAGGGUCGCGCUUGGCGGGGGCUCCACGACCACCUCCUCCACGACCUGCUCGUCGCUGUCCGCGAUGGAGCCCCCGGCAAGUAUCAUCAUGAAAGCAAAGGACGAGCCGGACUGUGAUACCAACGACGGACGGAACAGCAACGUCGACUCCAGCAUGGACAGCAGCGCCCUAGCCACGUGCCUCUCGACGACGAUAUCGGCGCUGCGGGCAAGUCAUCACCACAACAGUGACCACCACCGGCGUGGGAACAGCGUCGACGACAACCUGUCCGACAACUCGGAAUCGACGACGACCAGUUCGGCGGCGGCCCAGCUGCUGGAAAGCCUCAAGAACAACCUGAACAACAACAACAACUCGAGUGCAAUCAACAACAACAACCCGUUGCAUGCCAACAACAAUAACAAUAACAACAACAACGGCAACCGGAAGUUGUUCGAGUGCGAUGUGUGCAAUAUGAAGUUCUCAAACGGCGCCAACAUGCGGCGUCACAAGAUGCGUCACACGGGCGUCAAGCCGUACGAGUGUCGAGUCUGCCAGAAGAGGUUCUUCCGGAAGGACCACCUGGCGGAACACUUUACCACGCACACCAAAACACUGCCGUACCACUGUCCGAUCUGCAAUCGGGGUUUCCAGCGGCAAAUCGCGAUGCGAGCUCACUUCCAGAACGAGCACGUCGGUCAGCACGACCUGGUCAAAACCUGUCCUCUGUGCAGCUACCGGGCCGGUACGAUGAAAUCCCUGCGGGUACACUUCUUCAACCGGCACGGCAUCGACCUGGACAACCCGGGACCAGGAACGCCCUCAUCGCUACUCCUAGCGCUGGACCAGCACAAUCCGGCCAAUCUGCUACCUGCCCUGGCCGCCAUGAAUGCGGUCAACGCGUUCAGCGACUCCGGCGACUCGAUGCGAUCCGUGGACAACGCUACCCCUCCGAUGCACUUCCUGACGCCCCACGUGGAGAUCUCGAUGGCGGACAACAACGAAGAGGCGCUCAACUGCAGCCGGGACGGGCCGAACGGACGGAGCAACAACACCAGCAGCAGUACCGGCAACGGUCCCGCGGAUGGUGGCGGCGGCGGAAGAGGCGGCAACAACGACCGAAACACCCCGACCCCCUCAAUUUCGUCCGCGUUGGACAUCCAGGCGAUCGUGCGGCCCCCGAACGGCGGUUCGCCCUCGUCGCCGCACUCGGCCGACUCGAACGCACCCUCCAGUUCCCACUCGUCCUCCAUGCUUCCAUCUCUAGUACAAAGCUCAAGGCACAUUAUUUUUGAUAACUCUAUUACACCGUCAAUCAGCUUAAUUCCUAUCAAGCAGGAACCAACGACAAACGAUGAGUACAAUGAAACCAAACCCCGAAGCAACAGCAGCGCGGACAACCCGACCUCCAACAUUAGCAACUCGAGCGACAGCGUGGCACCCUCCUCCAGCUUGACGUCGCUGAUAAAGGUGUCCCCGCUCAAAUCGCUCCUGCGCGAGGAUCUCAAGCGGCGAAUCUCGGCGCGAGCGUCCAGCCGGGCCAGCCGGAACGGUAUGCUGACGUCGCCGAACCCGGCCGGCAGCCCCGGCCCGAUGAACAGCGGCAACAGCAUGAACAACAACGCGACCUCGUCGCCGGCGCCCGAGUGCGGCACCUCGUCGAGCAGCUCCAGCAGCAGCAGCUCCAGUUCCAGCUCCAGCUCGAGCAGCGGCAUCGGCAACAGCGUCAACGGGACGACCUCGUCGACGAGUCCGAGCGGCGGCUCCGGCGUCAUCAGCAGCAACAACAACGCGACGGCCGUGGCCGUGGCAACUACCUCAAACGGUACCAUCACGUCAACCGGGCCGGAAACGGACCUGCUGCUGUCCGGUGGGCCCAAGUCCAAGCGGCACCUGCAGUGUCUGUUCUGCGGCAUCGAGUUCCCCGACCAGACGCUGUACUUCCUGCACAAGGGCUGCCACAGCGAGAGCAACCCGUGGAAGUGCAACAUCUGCGGCGAACAGAUGUGCAACGUGUACGAGUUCAACUCCCAUCUGCUCAGCAAAAGCCAUCAAUGAUGUUAGGCGAGGGAAAGGGAAACAUUUUGCUGGUAAUGUUUCUCUUUUUCUGAUCGCUUUCCCGACCAAAAAAAAACCACCACACACACACAAGAAACACUAGAAAGAUUCGAUUGUUUUCUUCACCCUGACAACAAUUUCGGUUGAACUGACUCUAAUCUCCUCGAGCUGGAACACAAAGCUGCGCAACUCUCGGCAGUGAUUACACGAACCUCAACUCAGUCGUAGCGGACUAUAAAGUUGCUGGAGAUCGAAUGCUUCACGCGGUUUCACCACUAACUCCUCCCAAAGUAUUGGUUUAGUCCUCGUUUUGUUGCACGAAUCAGAAUAACAAAAAAAGAACGCAAAAAGUUAGUGGAAAAGGUUUUAAUGACUUGCCGAACAAACAAAAAAAAACAAGUAUAUAUUUAUUGUCCGUCCAAUAGUGGUUAAAAAACAAGCGAACAAGCAAAAGGAGCAAGGAGCAGCACUCACACAACAUAGCCAAAGUUUACUAGAAGAUGAAGAAGUUUGAAGAAGUUCACACUAACACACAGAGAGAGAGAGGAGAAGAGGCCGUUCAGCUGAGCCGUUCAACGCCGCUCGCGGCUCAGGAAGCGUUUGCGGAUUGCGCACCACAUUAGGCUUUGCCAUCCUGCCGGCCAUCCGGGGGUCAAUUGUACAAGUGACAACAACACACACGAAAACACCACAACAACACCAUCACAAAUAGAAAAGAGAGGGAGUCUUUGUUGUAGAACAAACCUGUGUCUAGCCAGGGUGUGUCUUAGCAAUAGCCAGCGCGUAUGGGCGAUAGGAUAGCAAUACCAGCGGGCCGAAAUGUGGACGGCAACGCGGGCAGCUGAAAAUGUCCGCGGAAUCUUUAUGGGGGUCGCGGAGUGAGCGAUUUUGCAGUUGGGCUGCAAAAUAUUACAGUGAUCGUGGUUCAUUAGCGAUGUACAAACAAAUACGUUGAAAAAAGUCAAUUGAAAUGUUUCAAGCGUUAGCGUUUGAAAUGUUGCCAAACUGACAAGCUCCGACGAGCAGCCGAGGGGCACGACACUGUUGUUUACUGUUCGAUUCAGAUAUGUUUAGCAAAAUCGCUCACUUUUGCAUUUUCAGCUGCCCGAAAGUGCUCCCAUGAGCUGACGACGUUGACGGAAUGUAAAAAUGUUUGUUAUCUUUUUGAGUUUUGUUUUAGUUUUUGUUUUUUCAACCCAUUCUCAGAAUGUAAACAAAGCAACAUCUACGCCCCACACACACACACAUAUUUAGCUGUAAGAAAUGAAACGUAUUGAUAAGUUUAGCUAAAGGAUAGUUUGGAACAGGACGAACGAUUUAGGUUAGUUUAAAAGCGAGUGUUAUUUGAUAGUGAUUUGUUUUGUCUCGUUAAGUUUGGUUAGAUUUUUUGUUUGUUUGUUUGUUCUGUUGUGUACAGCGAUGGAUGCGUUAACAGGGGUGUGUAAAAAGAGAGAUGUAUUUGUUUUAUUUUUAGUUUAAUUGAUUAGUCGAAAGGUUAUAUAUUUACAUAUAUUAGGCGUUUGUUAGGUUUCUCAUUAGUUGAUAGACAGACAAAUGAACCCACACACACACACAAGCGCGCAUUAGGAAUCAUCAUAGGCCAAGGUGUAAACGACAGUUCGAUAGUGAAAGAAACUCCGUCUAGCGGAAGGGAGACUAACCUGCAAAAGAAAAAAAACAUAGCUAUAUUUAUACAUCUUCUUGUUGUUGUUAUUUGGGGUGAAAUAAAGUGCCGUGGCACGAAUUGAUUAUAAAUUUAAAAAUGUAAACAGCAAGUUAAAGAUCUAACGGAUACAGAAGUAAUCUACACUAUUUUCACACUAAAAAUUGUAAAACUUGUGGGAAAACAAAAAAGGUACUUAAAAAUUCACAAAUUUAGGAGCAAUCACGAAAUGAAAGAAAUCAAAUAGUUCAAAUGAAAUAGGAGAGAACAAUAUCGAAGCAGCACCACUACCACCAAAGCCCACUCAAGCCCCCACAAACACACCAACACAAACACCUCUGGAAGCAGCCGCUCACACCAACACGACCAUACGACUCAUAGCGCAAAAGAGAGAGGGAGCGAGAGCACCAAAUUCUGGACCAAAAUUUGCUCAUAAUCACCUGUUUCACCUUUACACAGAAAGCAAAAAAAAAUUUGCAGAAUACAAAAUAAAUAGUACCCUAUUUACUUCACAACAAUUUUAACAAACACAGUAAAAAACUCGUAGAGGAGAACCAAUUUAGAGAAAGUUUUAAAAUAAAGCACACAAAAGCAAACUUUUACGACGACCAUUCCGGGAAUAACGUUCACCUCACCACGACAAACCGCAACGAAAAUUAUUACAAAACUGAAAUGUUGAAAGUACCUACUGAAAAAAAAGAAACAAGCGACAAAAUUUUAUAGAUGUUUUUUUCUGUUUUACUUGAAGAUUCGAUAAAGAUUGGGAAACGUUUAGGAAUAUAAAACAUUAUUUCCACUCAAUUUAAAAUUUCAAAAUUAUUCAAAAUUUCACUUUUUAAAGCAAAAUACAAAUUAUUCGACAUUUUCAUAGUAAGAAUUAACGUUUACUCUUUCUCUUAGCUUUGAAUCGGAACAAAUAAAAGUACACUACAAAACAAGAAAAAAAGUGAGUCAAAAUUUAAAACAUUCUGCAUUUGCAACACAUAUUUGACUAUUAUACAAACUAUUGGCAAUUAAAUAAGAGCAAAAUUUCAAUUCAACAUAAACUACUUCAAUUCUCAUUCGUUGGCAAAAGUUGUAAAUACUACUCUAAACAAAAAUCAAACACAAAAUUUAGAUCAACUCUUAAAGCAGGUACUAGCCACUCACACUUACACAAACAAAAAACUGAAAUCGCAAACCAGUUUCAAUUCACUCUGCCACACAAACACACCCGAACAAAAAAAAAACUCUAAAACGAGAGAGCGAGAUGACGUUACAAAGAACGGUGCCUUCCUACACGAAGAGAGCGAGAGAGCGAACAAGUGGGAUUUGAAUGGUAGAACAAAAAGAGAAACAGGUGGAAGACGCUUCGCUUUUCGAAAUAGAAGAAGACAAACAGAAAAAUACAAAGCAAGUUAAAGAGCAAAACCAAAAAAUAAUUACCUUCAAAUAAACAAUAAAGUUAAAAAUGGGGAGAAAACACACACAAACACACAACUUGAAGCCGAAGAAGAGAACAAGAGUCGGAUGGAACCGGGUUUAAGAAAAAAACGUGAGAUAGAGAGAGAGCACGAAAGUGAAAGGGUGAAGCACAGCUUCCGGAAAGAGAGUCGAAAAGCGAGAAUGAGUGGCGAGAGGAAUGAAAACGGAGAGAAUACACUGAACCAGUGUAAAAAGGUUAGCAAACGAAUGAAACAAAAGAAAACAGUAGAUAGACACAAAUAUAUUUUCAAAAUAACGAAGUAAUUCAUAGUGCAAGAACAAAAAAAAAACACAAGUAAACAAGUGGUGAAGUUAAAUUUUUGCGGUGAAUACAUAGUGAAAUAGAAAUAGCUUAAUUUAAAAUGAAACGAAAAACCAACAUUUAAUGAAACAGGCCUUAUAACUAACACUAAAUGCAAGGAAAAGAGGGAAAAAACACACGCAAAAUACACAAUACAAAAAACACAAAACCGGGAAAAGGACAACGGAAAAAGAAGAAUAACACGAGCAAAUGAAACAAAGCAGAAGGAAACCAAAACAAGCAACAAAAACGAAAGAAGAAAAGAUAACACAAGAAAAAAAUACAGAGUUAGACAAUUUUUAUAUUAUCGUAGCAUGCAAAGAGAACUUAUAAAUUAGAAACUAAUUGAUUAUUAAUAUACAAAAAAAAGAUUAAAACAUAAAAAAGUAAUUUUAUUGACUUAUAAGCUAACGUUUAAAUUUAAAACAAAAAAAAACCCACAACUUACUCUUGCAACAAGAAGAUAAAAGUGAAAAGAAAGCAAAAAAUAAAUAGAGGAAAGGUAAACAAGAACAGCUGAAAAAAGUGUGACGAAGAGGAAGAUUACAACUAAUUUUAAGCCGCAAAAGCAAGAAAACGCGAUUUAAUAAAACAUUCCGUCUACAUGUGAUUUUUAGAGCUAGCUGAGCUACAGCUGAAAGAGAAAGAGAGGGAAAGAGAGAGAGCGAGAGCGUGAGAGUGCGCGCGAGAAUGAGUGUUGAGAGUUUUUGUCUAGUUUCGUUAAGUUGUACAAUACAUACACAUUAUAUUUUUUGUUUUGUUUGCGUCUGCCGAAAAAAAAAUAAAAACAAUAUUUUUUGUCUUUCUUUGUCAACACCUCUUCCCUUCUCAAGUACAUAUACUUUUAAGUGCGUUCUAGGUGGUUAAGCGUUGAUUCAUAGGAAAUGGCUCUAUUUUGACGAUUUUUUUGUUUUGCUUCGUUUUUUGCAAACGAUCGGUUUAGCGUUUAGUUUUUUUAGUUAAGCAACUCCGAAAACAAAAGAAUCGAUACCACACACGUGUAUUCUCCGCAUGCAGAAAGUGCAGCAAACAAAAAAAAACACACACACACAAACACAAAGUACGCUCAUUAUUUGGUUGUUAUUUGUUAGCUCGAUCAAGUGGAUACAUUUUUUGCGGAAACGAAAAGAAAAAAAUGAUGCAACAAAAGCGCUCUUAUUAAUCUAAAUUAGUUAGCGAAUUAUUAGACGUUCAAAAAAUUCAGGCAACAAAAAAGAAAGCAUUAAAAUUGAAAAUCUCGUUAUUUUUGUUACUCGGUUUGGCCAAGCAAAAAGCAUUACCAUGAAAAGUUUUUGAUAUUCUCUGUUUACUUAAUCGGCAAAAGGAAGAAGCAAAAAAUAUGAAAGAAGAAGCAUGAAAUGAUACAAAAAAUAAUCAAAACUAGAAGGUUUUACAGUUUUAAGGGUCAUCGAUGGUCGCGCGCGUGGUCAGCUAUUAAAUAGUGUGAACGGCGAUGGCCAAGAUGGACCAAACACACACACUCACAAACAAAGAAAAAAAAAACAAGUACAUUUAAAAAGAUACAAACAAAAUGCAGCAUAAGAUUGAUUACUUGAUUCAGAUAACAGCAAAGAUUAGCAGGAGAGUACAUAAAGUUUGAAAAAGAAGAAAAAUCUAAACGGGAAAAGAAGAAUACAAAAAAUGCAUACAUAUUACUACUAUAAACGAUGGUGAUGGUUCAAAUAAUGAAUUAAAAACGAAUUAUAAAAAAAAAACUCAAAACAAAAUUCAAGAACAUUACAAUUAUAUUGACUUAUUAAAUAUUAUAUUAAAGAUAUUUUCAAAAAUUCUAAAA